AUUCUACACACCAAAGAUCAGCGAAGUUUGAUCUGUCGCUGGGGCGGGGAUGAAAGGUGGUAAAUAUGGCGGCGGCCUUGGAAGAAGAUGAAAUCGACAAUGAUGACUAUUAUUCUUUGUUAAACGUCCGCAGGGAGGCCACACAGGACGAGCUCAAGGCUUCAUAUCGCCGUCUUUGCAUGCUCUACCACCCAGACAAGCACAGAGAUCCAGAGCUUAAGAGGCAGGCAGAGCAGCUUUUUAACUUGGUGCACAAGGCUUAUGAAGUAUUAAGCGAUCCACAAUCUAGAGCAAUCUAUGACGUAUAUGGGAAGAGAGGGCUGGAUGUGGAAGGAUGGGAGGUAGUAGAGAGGAAAAGAACGCCAGCAGAGAUCCGUGAAGAGUAUGAGAGACUUCAAAGAGAGAGAGAGGAGAGAAGACUACAGCAAAGGACCAACCCUAAGGGGACAAUAAGCGUGGGUAUUGAUGCGACAGACCUCUUUGAUCACUAUGAGGAGGAUUAUGAAGAGAUCUCUGCUGGUGGCAGCGGCGGUUUACCGCACAUUGAAAUCAACAGGAUGCACAUAUCUCAGUCCAUAGAGGCCCCUCUGACCACCGCAGACACAGCCAUUCUUUCUGGCUCUCUCUCCACACACAAUGGCAAUGGGGGUGGAAACAUAAACUUAGCCUUGAGAAGAGUUACCUCAGCUAAGGGCUGGGGAGAGGUUGAGUUUGGGGCAGGAGACACUCAUGGCCCUCUCUUCGGGCUGAAGAUUUUCCGUAACUUGACUUCACGUUGCUUCACAACGGCUCAUUGUGGCAUGCAGUUUUCAUCCCGUGGUAUACGGCCGGGUCUCACUACUAUGCUUGCACGCCACCUAGACAAAAACACUAUGGGUUAUUUACAGUGGCGCUGGGGAACUCAGUCUUCCAUGAACACCAGCAUUGUCAGGGACACCAAAAGCAGUCAUUUCACCUUUGCUGUGCAGCUGGGAAUUCCACAUACAUUUAUUAUGAUGAGCUACCAGUACAAAUUCCAGGAUGACGAUCAGACCAAGAUCAAGGGCUCUGUCAAGUCAGGAUUUUUCGGUACGGUGGUGGAAUACGGUGCUGAGACUAAGAUCAGUAGGCACAGUGUCCUGGGUGCUACUGUCAGUGUUGGAGUACCGCAGGGCGUCUCUCUCAAGAUCAAGUUGAACCGAGCGAGUCAGACGUACUUCUUCCCAAUUCACUUAACAGACCAGCUUCUACCCAGCGCCGUGUUUUACGCCACGGUCGGACCCCUUGUGUUCUACUUGGCCAUCCAGCGGCUGGUUAUCAGACCUUAUGUUCAUGCUCAGCAGGAACAGGAGCUUGAGAAGCAGCGGGAGAGCUCGGCAUCAGACGUCGCCAAGAAGAAGCAAGAGGCAGAAGCAGCUGUUCUGCUGAUGCAAGAGUCUGUGCGUAGAAUUAUCGAAGCGGAGGAGUCCAGAAUGGGUCUGAUCAUCCUCAAUGCCUGGUAUGGCAAGUUUGUGACAGACAACAGCCGUAAGCACGAAAGGGCAAGGGUCAUUGAUGUCACUGUGCCUCUACAGUGCCUGGUGAAGGACUCGAAGCUCAUUCUCACUGAGGCUUCUAAGGCUGGUCUACCAGGCUUCUACGACCCCUGUGUAGGUGAGGAAAAGAGUCUGAAGAUGCUGUAUCAGUUCAGAGGUGUGAUGCACCAAGUUCUAUGUGGUGACACAGAAGCACUCAGGAUACCAAAACAAUCCCACAGGAUUGAUAAUGAAUGACAGUUAGGAACAUAUAUCUAUUGAGCUAAAAGGGACAGCUUGGACUGGUAUUGACUGAAGAGACAGAUGUUCUGGAGUAGUGCCCUGGAAACACUCUGUGCCCACAAGUCUUCAUAUACCUGUUUAUCCUUUAUUUUGUUCUGUUUUAAAUGAUAUUCUUCAUGAUGUCUGUUUGCAAUUUAGAACAUUUAAUUGGAACGUUUAAUUUCCUGGAUUUCCACUAAUAAAAUAAUGGCCUUUCCAAGAAAAAGCAAGACAAAAGAUAUAUAUUUUUGUGUUGGUAGGCCUCAUAACCAUUUUUAAACAAAGCCCCUCUUCUUUAAAUAUGGAUCCACAACAGUGCCUGUAAUCAGCACUCACCAGAGAGAGCUAUUUUACCCUCAUUACAUCACAGAGAAACCAUUGCUGCUUGAUCCGACUCACCAAAUCCCACAGGAGCUGGUGUGUACCCCAGCUGUCAGCCUUCUUUCUGUGUCUGACUUUUUGUACCACUGGCUUCUAAAUAAAUGAUCUUGCAAGUGUUUUGGAGGCAAAGCAUGUUCUUAGUGAAACCCUGACUGCUUAAUCAUCUGCAUUAUUUUUCUCUUUUAUCCCAUUCCCUUGAGUGUAAUAUUUGGAGGCCCACCUCUCGCACUCCACGUUUGCCUGCAGUGUCAUAUGAAUUAAAGGGGCCAAUGCACACAAUAUGCUGGUACUGUCAAUGUGUGCUAGUUGAGAAAACAGAAUGUGAACUAAAUCUCAAGUAGGGCUAGUCUCCCACCUUGUGUCCAAAGACUUGAAUAGCAACAGUGGAACAUCCUCUGUUUGUUUUUUAGCCUCAAUCUCCCUCAAUCCCUGCAUUACAGUGCCAUACUUCCCACAGGAAAGAUCUACACCCUUUUAACAGUCUUUGGUUGAUUUCAACUUUUUGUUGCCUUUUUGGAAUUUGGGGUCUUUAUGAAAGCGAAUUAAUCUCUGUCUUGAUCUUUUAUUUGAAAGACUGGCUGUACGACACCUUUUUGUUUCCUUUUUGAGUUAUAUCAUUUAUAUGAAAUGUCCAUUCUGCACACUUGCCAUUUGAAUGACGUUAAAAAAGACGAUCUAUAAUUGUUUGCUGGAGUAUUGGUUUUGCUUAAAGGUGUUUAUUGUUAUUAUAAUUGGCCUAAUUGCCUACCAUUGCAGCAAGUAUAGACUGUCAUUUUUUAAAUAAAUCAUCAAGGAACAACA